AUUUGCUGCCAAACCAACCACCCAGCAAACAUCGGCGGCGAUUACGGCAAUUACAGAUACCCGGGUCACCAGGAGCCAGUGAAUAUCGUGGUGUGGCUGAAGACAGUUGCACAAAUGGCGCACUAUGAUGGACAUUUCAAGCUGGUCCUGGUGAUUAACAUCAUUAUGCUUGGCUUGACCACGAUCGCGGUGCUUUUGAGAGCAUAUGCUCGGAUCAAGGCCCGCAUCUUUUACUAUUUGAGCGACGGCUUAUGUUUACUUUCAUAUUUACUGAGCACUGCAGCAGCCGGGAUUAUGUUUGACUGCCUGAACUUCUCCUGCGUCGCUGUGACGUUUGAGGCCCAUCAGCCAUAUCAGGGUACAGACGAAUAUCUUCGAAAUACAGCCGUCGACGGUGUAUUCAAGCCUCAUCCGAUAAUUGAUCCAACUGAUACCGCCCAUAUUAUGUGGUUUCAGGAGUUUUACAAGAUGAGCUACAUCAGCCAGCUUUUAUUUACCUUCGAUUAUGCCGUCGUCAAGUUCAGCAUCCUGGCACUUCUCUGGGACAUUUUCGGCGUUAAUCGAAGAAACAAGAGAUUCAUAGCGAUUGUUUCAGGAACUUGUGUUAUAUGGGCCAUCAUCUUUACAUUUCUUUGUGCAUUUAGGUGCAAGAACCCAGUGGACAGCUGGAUAACCGACAACCCACCCGAGCUCUGCAUACAUACAGCCUAUGUGUUUCUCCCGUUUGAAUCGACGAACCUAUUCUACGAUAUGUUGAUUCUGUCGAUCCCGGUCUUCGCUGUUCAAGAGUUGAAGUUGAGCACCUGGAAGAAACUUUCAGUUAUGGGCAUAUUCCUCCUGGGCGCCAGGUUUGUUAUCUAUCCCAUCUAUGAGGGUGCAAGAGUUCUCAUCACCAUCGAUGCAACCAUUUUCUUUUGGUCAAUGGUACAACUGGGCCUCAGCAUCAUCUGUGCCUGCCUUCCCACCCUGGGCCCCUUAUUCAGGACCCGUACAGAUACGGUCGGCUCGAGUUCUUAUUCUGGAAGAAGGCAGGGUUCUGGUCCCGCGUUUAAGAUGAGCGAGUCAGAACAGGGAGCUUCAGGACCAUGGACGGACAGCCAUCGUGACAUGGAUUCUACUGCACGGGCAUAUCGCGAGCACAGCGCCGAGGCGGAGCUUCCUUUGGAGCCUAUAGGACCUUCCAAAAUCCGUGUCCGGAAAGACGUCACUGUACAUCACUACUCUGCCGAA